UGUCCGUAGCGCCGCCACCGCAACGUCCCUGGAUCCCGCUGGCGAGGCCAAAUCGGUCCCGGGGUGCAUGUAUAUUCACCGUCAUGUGCUAUAACGUACUGUGCGAUAAGUACGCCACCAGACAGAUGUACGGCUACUGCCCGAGCUGGGCCCUGAGCUGGGAGUACCGGAAAAAGGCCAUCCUGGACGAGAUCCGGCACUACUCGGCGGACAUCAUCAGCCUGCAGGAGGUCGAGACGGAUCAGUUUUUCAACUUCUUCAAGCCCGAGCUGAAGAACGACGGGUACGAGGGCAUCUUCUCGCCCAAGUCGCGCGCCAAAACCAUGUCCGAGAGCGACCGGAAGUACGUCGACGGGUGCGCCAUCUUCUUCCGGUCGAGCAAGUUUUCGUUGAUCAAGGAGACGCUGGUGGAGUUCAACCAGCUGGCGAUGGCGAACGCCGAGGGCUCGGACAACAUGUUGAACCGGGUGAUGCCAAAGGACAACAUCGGGCUGGCGGCGCUGCUUAAGGUGAAGGAGAGUGCGUGGGAGGGUUUGACGGUGGAGCAGGCCGCGAUCUCACAGCCGAUUCUGGUGUGUACGGCGCACAUCCACUGGGAUCCGGAGUUUUGCGACGUCAAGCUGAUCCAGACGAUGAUGCUGAGCAAUGAGAUCAAGACGAUACUGGACGAGGCAAGCCACAGCUUCCGGCCCGGCCACAAGUACGACACGAACAACGUGCAGCUGGUGCUGUGCGGUGACUUCAACUCGCUGCCGGACUCGGGCGUGAUCGAGUUCCUGAGCGCCGGCCGUGUAUCAAUGGACCAUCAAGAUUUCAAGGAGCUGGGCUACAAAUCCUGCCUGCAGCGUAUAUCAAAUUGUGAUACACCAAAUGAAUUUACUCAUUCCUUUAAGCUAGCGUCUGCGUACAGUGAAGAUAUAAUGCCAUAUACAAAUUAUACAUUCGAUUUUAAAGGUAUUAUUGAUUAUAUAUUUUACUCGAAGCAAGGUAUGGUCCCGCUCGGUCUACUCGGGCCGAUCUCGGGCGAGUGGCUGCGGGAGAACAAGGUGGUCGGCUGCCCCCAUCCGCACAUACCGUCGGACCACUUUCCGCUGCUGGUGGAGCUCGAGCUGAUCCACAUGGCGAGUAACCAGAACGGCCUCAUCGGUCGGAGGUAGCAAUAAAACUGGCGCAAAACAGCCGCCGCCGUCGCCGCAGCGGCCCCAGCAUCCACCACAAAACAAUAAGAAUCAUCAUCACUCUAAAGCAGCAGCAGCAGCCGGAACAACACCACGUGGCAGACGUAGCACUAGUACCAGCAGCAGCAGUAGCAAAUUGAACAAAAAUCUAGCAGGCCCCGGGCCCUGCCCAAUCUAGUACCACCAAUUUGACCUUGACGACACCAAGAAGACUACGACCAUCACCAGCACCAGCAAACAGCGCAGAGCCUACUUCUCCCAAGUACCAACACAGCACACACCCACGUCAACACACAACGACGGAAAGGCAGAGCCGGAACCUCCCUCCACAAAAAAACAGCAGUUAGGGAGGGAAUGUUAGUAAGAUCAAGCGCGCGCGAGAGAGAGAGAGGUUUGAAUCUCAGCUAAAAGACCAACCAAACGCAACCAUGCAAUAGUUUAAUCGAUGAAUGCGCGCGCACCGUGAAAUCGAGAUAGUGUCCAAAAAGUGAGCAAAAAACCCCAAUUUAGUUUUGUCCCCACCCUCUUCUAAGCGCCCUUCGGGAACCCUGCGGGUUUCACCCCGGAGGCGUCAGUUUUGUGAUAUUUAUUUUUUACUUAGGAUUUUACUUUAAAUUGUACAAACUCAACAAAACAAACAAAAAAAAAGCAAAAGAAAAUCACAAACUUUUUCGACCAAAAACAAAGCAACCAACACACAUUCAUCGAUUGUCGAUUAAUCUAGUACUACAACCGGAACCGGAAAGCUUUAGAAAACAAAACAAAAAGAAACUGUAAAAAAUGGCCCCUCACAAGCCUCUCUCUGCAUGUUUUUGUGUUCGUCGAAUCCCGCGUAGGCUACUUGGAUCCAACCACAAACUCACACACACACACACUUCGCAUGGCAAACUGGAAAAAAAAAUCAGCACCAACCUUUUUAAUUACUCUGGAUUUAUAUUUCCUUUUUCGGUACUACAGUAGAUUCACCCACCUUUUUUUUGUUUAUAUUUUUUUCUCGGAAAACGUGUAGGCAAAGUAUUUUGAGCUCCUAGAAUGUAAGACUGUAAUUUGUAGCAACCGGAAGAAGAAGAGGCAGUAGGGCAAAGAGCGCGUUUAUCUGCGACGAAAGCGCACGAACAAAGUAAGAAACCAAAUAACAACAUUUAAUGAAAAAAAAAACAUACACAGAAAAAUGAAAACAAAAUGUCUUUUUGCUAACCCAAGGUUGUCCCGUCUUUUUGAUCAUUUUUUAAGUGUUAGGGAGCGCGCUAGCCUUGAAGUUAACUUUGGCGAAGAUCGCAACUCGAUACGCCUUCAUACUCCAAACAACUUUUUAACUGUUUCUCAAACUUUGUCGCCCAUACAAGUAUCCAUACAAUACAAUUUUGGCAGCUGUCCAUAAAAAACGGGUACGAACAAAUUUGAACAAGAAAAAAAUCUGAUCGAUUUGGUGUCUUCGGCAAAGUUGUAUUGGUAUUGGUGACGAUUUUUCCAAACUUUUUAGCCAUAGAGAAGUACUGACAAAAAGUUUGCUGCCGUGUUUCUUUGAGCAAAAAAAACAUAGAAAUCUUACCUAAACACAUCUUUUCACUUCACGUAAAAUUUAAUUUGCAAUCGUAAAUACACAAUUUUUUUGUAAGGUGCAUCAUUUUCAAGUAAUAGCAACUUUAAGUCUAAUUAAUGGCAAAAAAAUGAUUUUGAUUUUAUUUUUUAAUAUAAUGAGCUGAGACUGGUGAGACAUUUGAAAAAAUUAUUUGAACUUUCAAAAUCGGACUAUUAGUUUCUGAGAUAUCCCUGCAAAGAAUAUUUUUUUUACUUUUUUAUUUUUAAAUUACGUUUAUCUAUGUACCAAAAAGAUUUAUUUUUCAAAAUUUUAAAAUCUGUCCUAAUCUUUGAAAAGAUAGUUCGAUCUCAGUUUUUUAUUUGUUUACUUUUUUUCAAGUAAACCAAUACUUUUCUAUAUUUACGUGAUUUUUUAAACUCUAUUUAGAAAAAAAAUAUUCUUGAAAAAGUUUCAAUAGAAAAGACUUUAUAUUUAAAGAAAUCUUCACUCAUUUUGAAAAUAUUUUGUUGGUUAUCCAAAUUAAAAUAUUUUGAAAGGUUUUUUUUUGUUAAAAAGUCUUACCUGAAGCAUAUCUUUGCAUUUUUUCGAAUAAAUCUAUUUUUUCGUGAUUGUUUUUUUUUUUGCGAUAAUUUCAUUUUUUCCAAAUAUGAGCAAAACGUGCUCAUAUUCGAUCAUUCAAAAUUGCCAGUUUUUUUUUUUUAAGUUGGCUUGGCUUUGGUUCUGGCAAAGAUGUUGGAAAAAUUUCUCGAACUAAUAAGAUUCGUGUAACAGUUUAUAUCGGCUCGCGCUGUAGUUGGUUGUAGUUAAAUUCAUGCAUUUUUCCUAUAAGUCAUAGUACAUUUGUAUUUACUAACAUUUGCAAUCUAGUACUUCUUAAGUUAUCCUUACCAUAAAAAAAAAUUUCUUAAAAUACGCCCCUUUUCUUUCCAUUUCCCGCAUUUUGUUUUCUUCACCUCACAUGAGAUUACAAACGAAAACAUCAGCCAAACGUCGCUCACCAUCAAAAACAAACACAAAGCGCUACAAAACAAAACACGAAACAAAACACCCAAAAGACAAAAACGAAAUGUGAUCUUAUUAAAGUUUUAAAACAAACACACGUGUGCUGUUGAAAUUAACUCGUAAACAAAAGCAACAAAAAUAUUGUAAAAAAAAUAACAGAUUGUUACUUUAAUAUCUCUAAGAUCAGAUAUAAGCGAAAACAGAAAAAAGUACAAAGUAUCAACAACACUCACUGUGAACACGUGCGCGAUCGGAAAAAAGUUAAAAAUAGUGCUGCAAACAAAAACAAUCAUCUCUCGAACAGAAACCUUAAGUUGGCUUGCUAUUGGUUAGUGUCAAACCAUACUUCAUUUCGUUAUGAAGUGCUACUCUAGUUUUCAGUGUGAACUGCAGCUUCUCUGAGAAAAAAAAACACCCUGAAAUGAUUUUCUAUCAACGAAUUUGAAAUAAUAAUUUAAAUUAAACUUUUUCCCAUACAUAAAAUUCAUCUUGAAUGGUAGUAUAAACUUUUGUUCUCCACUCAAAAUUUGAUUUUGCUUGUCUAAUCGUUUUUUUCAAUCAAAACCUGCUGCAUUCUAGUACUACGUUUGGCCACUGCUGGCCAAAGAGACAAAAUCCCCUCUAUUUUUAGUAGUAGUAGUAGAAGUAAUUAUUCUUCACUGUACAGGACGACGCUUGACGCGGAACCGGAAUACCCGAUCUCGAGCCGUUCGAAUCGAAAACCAUUUAAACGUAAACGCACUCUCACACACCCACACACGAAAAAAGAACAAUGGCAGUUUGUAAGGAAGUUUAAAAAAAGGGGGUAACUGAAAAGGACUUAUCAUGGUACCUGUAUUUUCACCAUCUUUUCUAAGUAAACACACGCAACAACAUCAACAACCACAACAAAAACAUGGGAAAAGGGAAAAAACAAACAUGGCUUGAUGAAAUUUAAGGUGAAAAAUUCGUAAAAUUCAUCACGAUCUGAAGUCCAUUCUAGUUCCUCAUUACAUUUGGUUUAAUGGAGAAUCGUCGAACAAAAAAAACAUCAACUUGCAGAUCUAGUGCGAUCUAGGGAUUCUUCUGUCGAAGAUCGCUCAAUUUCAUGCAGUUCCUGCAUUUUCUAGCCAACUGAGCUACAGAACAUAACUUGAAACUUUGAAAUAAUCGAAAAAAAAAUGAUUUUCUUAGUUUAAGAAAAAUUAAAAUGUUGAUUUUUAACAUAUUUGAGUUCGACUUUCUGAGUAAAAAUACAAAAAAUCCCGUUUUCGCAAAUUUGUUAAAUUUUGAUUUUUGAACCCAAUAUUGUCACCAUUGGUUAAUCUUUCUUUAAGUGAAUUCUAGUACUUCGUUCUCGUUUCAUUCUGUUCUUUCAAGAUUUCUAAAAAAUUCAAAGCAAUUAUUAAUCUUAAUCCUUUUUGAUAUGUUUGUUCUGUAGCCGUGGCUAAAACAAAAUCAUCGCCAUUUUUUAAGAAGCUCAUCGCCAAAAAUAUCGCACACUGACACAAUCACAAAACACAUUGAAUGCAUCGGUAUAUCCAUACUCUUAAGCAGUCCUAGAUAUGAAGUUGAAGACAAUGAGACAAAGGAAUAAAAAAAAGAGAAAAAACACUCUAAAAUCACGGUAACAUUAAGCGAAUGGUUAUGUGCAGUCUGUAACAGAUUACGAAAUUUGCAGCAAAAGGGAAGGGAGUGACACUCAUGCAAACAUUAAAAAUCAACAUGAAGAAAAAGGAAAUUAUAUUUUUAAAGAAUAAACACUCACACAGAAACAUAAAAAAAAAAACACUACACGGACAAAGUUAAAAAAAGAGGACUAGCAAAACAGCAAAAACAAAACAAACAAAAAACACUUCCGUCGCACACGUCAAAAACACAUAGAAAAAAAAGAUAAACAAACAACUCGUGACAGUAGCAAAACACUUUUUGGACCUCAGCAAACAAAAUCAACUAGCUUAAAAGUGUGUGUAAUUGACCUGGCUUGAGAACAAUAGAGAAAAAUCAAUCAACAUUCAAACUUUUUCCAAACUGCAGAUCCAAAAACAAAACAAAAAAGAAGCAUCAAAUUUGCAGACCGCAUUUUAACAAUUAUAAUAGAGUAAAACAGAAUAAGGUAACAAGCAAGCAUAAUUGGCAAACAAAAUAAGCAAACACAGAGGAAAAAAAACCGAUUAUGCGAAUAUUUAUUUGAUCGUAAAAACACACACACACACACACCGAUACAAACGUGAAGAAGAAAACAGCAGUGAAUAAAAGGAGAAUAGAUGUUGCAAGGGAAAAGUAGUGAAGGUGGAUAAAAAAACGUUUUUUUCUAAGUUGCAAUAAUUUUAAAACGCAAGUCAGCGAAACGUAAGGGAAGCCGGUGGCGCAAACAGUGUAAUCAAAAGAAUCAAAGUUUUUUUUUUCGUUAGUAAAUCUGAGGAAAAUGAGAAGUAAACAAAGUAAACAAACACACAGAAAAUAUAUUAGUUGAAGCGAAGAAGAAGAAGAGGAAGGGUACGGGCGUUUGGUGAGACUGGAAUAAAGCAGAAUUUAUGCAAUGACACAAAACAAAACAAAAAAACACACUCAGACAAAAA